CCGGUGUGUGUGCGCGCGUGCGUGUGUGUGUGUGUGAGAGAGAGAUAGAGAGAGAGAGGGAGAGAGGGAGAGUGCGCGUACACACCGCGCUUUUUUCCUUUCCGUUUUCUCCCCCCGCCCCCUACCCUUUACCGUUUCCCCAGGAAUCUGCGGAACCUAACCUAGCGGCGGCGGGAGAGUCGCGCGCUCACGGACAUCGGUAGAAGAGGAAGAGGAGUCGCGCGACCAGUUCAGGUGUUGGAUACGUCUGUAUCUGUGAUGGACUCGAGCACGAGCACGGCACGCAGGAGGGCCUGGAGAGGAAUAAAGCUGAGCAAUACAGCACAGCAGCUUCUCUGGUCUCUCGAUGCAGGCCAAACCAUCUCACGAUCACAACCACCACAACCUGCAUCCAUCUGUGAUCAUCCAUCUAUCUCUCUCAAAUGCACUGUGUGCCACGACGUAGCUACCAUUAACCACCCUGACAUGGUUAUAAGCAUCAUGGCAGCCUGUAAGUUUGCGUCUGCAGCAUCACAGAUGCUUCAGUAAAGAAGGUGAAUGUUGUUCUGCGGCGCCACUUAGACGUCUGAUGUCCACCACUACGUGUGUAUCGCAAGCAUCAUCAUCAUCAUCAUCAUCAUCAUCAUCACCAUCAUCAUCACAGUGUCUCAGACUAUCUGGAGUGUGCGUACCCGCGGCCCAGCCCGGCCGCCCCGCCUGCCCCGGCCCUUUGGCGCCGUGGCCGGCUGAGUGAGGGGCUCUGAGCUCCUGGUAUGGGCAGCGUGGGCAGUGGAGCCUCCAGCCAGCGGGCCAUCACCAUGCGAAGUGUGGGCACACGGACCACCCCAAACGGGCCCCUGGCGCCCGCGCUGCCCCCAAACUCUGUCCGCCGGCGUCUGGAUGACCGCAGCUUCAGCGCUGACCGCCUGCCAGCACCGGCCACCAAGACAGCAGGCGUCACUGCCAACGAGCACUCAGAGCGCGCAGCCGCUUCUCACAACGCUAAUCGGCAGCACACCGUCAACGGUGAGCGGCUGCUCUCGAGCGCUUCUUUCUCCAAUGGGCCCAUGAGGAGGGAACCAGGCCACAGGCGAGGCGAGAGCCUGGAUCUGUGUGGAAAUAGCAUAGUCCUCAUCAACAAUAACAAUGAAAACAAGAACAGCAGCCAUCAAGCACCAGCGCAGCAGCAUCAGCAGCAGCACAAGGACAAGAGCAAAGCUAAGACAGACAACCACAACCCUCCCAACAUCAUGCCCAUCUCUGGCAAGCUGGAGCAAGCACAGGUACAGCACGGCCUGAGCACCGAGGGGAAGGAUCCUGACGCACUGGUCCGUCCCUCCGCCUUCAAGCCUGUGGUGCCCAAGAGUUUUCAUUCCAUGCAAAACCUGGUGUGCCCCCUUCAGGCCAGUGUGGGUGCAGGUGGAGGCACGUCGGGCAGUGGCGCAGGUGAGAGAGGGGGCCAAGGAACCUCGGGAAUCCGCCCAGAUGAGGAAACCCCUAACAGCCGAGGAACACACUCUGGUGGAGGCAUUCGAGCCGGUCAGGGCAGCCUGUCUGAUUCUGGCAGGAAUUCUCUGACUAGUCUGCCCACAUAUGCAGGUACAGGCUCGGGCUAUGGGCCUCCACCGGCCCUUGGGCCCCUCAGUGCCUCCACCAGCCACAUCAACCGCCUGGGAACUGCAACAGCUGGCCUGGACAAGCCAGAUAAACCAGGCUACCAGAACGGGCUGAGUGCCUCUGACAGUGGUCACUCGUCUUCAGGCAAGAGCUCAUCGUCUUAUCAGCGCCUCAGCCACUUGAGUGACGCCCCGGCGCCCUUGCGGCCAUCGCCAUCCUCCGAUGACGUCAUUCGUGACCUGGAGGACCGCUUAUGGGAGAGAGAGCAAGAGGUGAGGAUGAAGGUGCUCCAUAUGAGACGGAACCUGGAUCAGAGCGAAGCUGCAAUCGUGCAGGUGUUCGAGGAGAAGCAGCGGGUGUGGGAGCGUGAAAUGGAGGAACUGAGGCAGAACUACGCCGGGCGACUGCAGCAGGUGACCCGUCGCGCCCAGCGUUCACAGCAGGCCCUGCAGGCCCAGAUCAGCCGUCUGCAGCAGGACAAGCGCAGGCUCCAGGAUGAGAUGACUCUGCUCCUUGCCCAGCGUGAGGAACUGGAGAAGAAGUGCCUGGACUACAGGAAGGAGCAGGCUGACCUCCUGCCCAAGCUGGAGGAGACCAAGUGGGAGGUGUGUCAGAAGGCAGGUGAGAUCUCCUUGCUGAAACAACAGCUGAGGGAGAGCCAGGGCGAGGUGACCCAGCGUGCCGGAGAGAUGGUGGCCCUGAGGAAUCAGCUGAAGGAGCUGAACGCCCAGCUGAGGGAGCGAGAGCAGGCCGAGAUCAGCCUGAAGGAGUCCUUCUGCACGAAGACGCUGGAGCUGGAGCGCUGCGAGGCAGAACUGCAGGCCAUGCUGGCCGAGGUGACCGUCCUGAGAGACAAGCUGAGUGCAUUUGAGACGGAGGUAGCUGGGCUGAAGAAAGCCCUGAGUGAGCUUAGCAGCACCGCUGGCACUCGUACCCCCGAGUCCGGCUUGGCCGACAUGGGUCAGCUGGUGCUGUCUCGGAGCCGGGAACGCCUCCUCUCGCCCCUGAGCCCGCCAGAGACGCCCACCUCGUUACCCUCUCUUUCAUCACUGCCCUCUGUGCCAUCGCUGCCCCCUGUGCCCUCACUUCCCCCUUUGCCUGCAUUGCCUGCCCCGGACCCACUGCUCAACCUGCAGAGCGAUGAUUCCAAGGUGCAGCGGCAGGAAGCAGGCGACUUACGGCGGCAGCUAGAGCUGCUUCAAGGGGAGCUGCGUCUGGAGAGGCAGCAGCGUGAACGCCAGGCACUCACCUUCGCCCACGAGCGCCAAACCUGGCAGGGAGAAAAAGAGCGCGUGCUCAAGUACCAGGCGCAGCUGCAGCUCAGCUACGUAGAGAUGCUGCAGAAGAACCAGGCACUGGAGGAGCGUGUCGACCAGCUCGGAGCCCAGCUGGCCACUCCCAUCCUGGUAUCGCCGGCAACACCGGCUUCGCCCCCACCCUCUGCAAGUCUUGAUAUGCCCACGACGCCACCUGUGGCCGUGUCAAUCACCUCCCCGACUCCACCGGUCGAGGAGAAGAAGGUGCCCGCCCUGCACCAGCUGGCACCCCCGUGGCCCGUUCCCACUCGUCUGGAGAGGAUUGAGUCGACGGAGAUAUGAUGCCAGUAAAUGUGACCUCUUUGAUGCAGUAUAAAAAAAAAAAGAAACACUUAGAGCACCAGUUACAAUAGCGUUAAGUACAAACCCUCCUGAAACAAAAACGUCAUGUCUGUAACUUCUGAGGACAGUCCAAGGAUGCCCUGCUGAGUGAGGCAGACCUCAGGGUUGAGGGGUGCAAGUUGCUAAGUAAUAUGUUUGUGUGGCCUUAUGACUGACCUAGGAAAAGCUCUGAAUCCUAAAAGGUGUUGGUUUGGGUCGUGGGAGUGUAGGAAGAGCUGGCCCUGAGUCUGUAGCCAAGAGGAGUGGGAGUAGAUCGAACACUCAGGGGAUAAGGGAUCAGGCAUUAAUAAUCCAGAUUUAAGGCUAGACUGUUGUAUGCUAGCUCUCAAUGCACGGUUCAUGAUAACAAAUGUGUCACAAAAUAAAUCUAAAUCAACAGCUUUCAAGUUAAACUUUAAAAACAACACAGAUACUAUUUAAAGGUGCAGUUUGAUAAGUAAACAUAGUAUUUGCCAUGAAGCAGAUUUCUUCGUUUUGGUUUUCCGGCCUGGAAAUGCGACCAAUCGCCCCAAGCUGGAACACAGCUACCAACCUCCAACCCCUAUUCCUUAUAAGAUGACAUGUCAGGCUUAAACGUAACGGGUCACUGGGGAGACAAACUGCUCCUUUAAAUAAGAAUCCUCCAGACCUUACAGCAAACAAGAAAACGAAAGAUGAUAUAGAAUAGCAUCCAUAUUAGCGGAAAAGACUCUCUUUUUUAAAAAAAAAUCUUAAUUAGAAGCUACAGGGUGAGAGACAUGAUCCUCCUCCUGUCUAUGGUGCUUGUCCAUAUCACACCAGUGUGUGUUUUGUUUUUUGUUUUUUUGUUUGAUUUCCAAAAAUGAAGGACCAAAUAUUUAGGAGGCGUUGCUGGUCUCGAGUUCCCUCAUAGUGGACGUAGUCGCGGGUAGUGAUUACCAGUGGACUCCAAGACCCGGUGUUGUUGUAUAGGAGCGUGCCUCAACCCUCCUGCUCUGAUAGCGAAAGCAGCGGCGGAGGACCGACACGUGGUCAUUCGACACGAAAGCGUAUUACCAGAACAUUUCUGCUUUUCACCUUUGUACUUCAUGUUUCCGAAAACGAUGUAGAAUAUAUUAGAGAGCGAGCGAGAGGUAUUGAGAAAAACAAAACAAAACAAAAAAAGCAAAACAAAUAGUUUAAUGCACUUUGCUUUGGUCUCAGACUAUGUUUCUUUUUUAAGAGAGGUGUUUGGUUUAUGAAGCUGCUAGUUAGAGGAGGAGUGAGCGGCUGAGCCAAAAAAAAAAAAAAUAUAUAUAUAUAUAUAUAUAUAUAUAUAUAUAUAUAUAUAUAUAUAUAUUAAUGAAAGAUAAAAAGUGCUAAGAGGGCAAUUAGGACAGCGUGUGGUCGGAGACCAGCGCACUUCUGAAGCACGGUCCAUCCACCACUUAUGAACUAAUGAGUCUGUUUAAGUGGGACCUUACCUUCUUCCAAAAAAGAAUAUGUGUCAAUGUAUACUUUCUGAAAGUAUCAUUUAGAAUAUUUGACUUUUUAAAAAAAUAAAAAUAAAUAUAUAUAUAUAUAAAUAUAUAAUAUGCAGUAGAUUGAAGUGAUGUUUUGAAGUACACCGUGUACACAGGCUUCGUUGCCAUAUAAAGUGAGUGGGAUCUAAAAGACUGAAAUGUGACUCGUGUGCUUGCGAGGGGGAGUUUAGGUAGGCAGGUAGUGAGAAUGUGUAGUGUGGAUUCAGAUGGUUUAGAUAUAUUUACAAGAAGAAGAUGGAGGUGGAAAAGUGGUAGCAUUAAUUUAAAGACAAAACAAAACAAAAAAAAAACACCUUUUGUCACAAAGCCUACAUCAUCAUCCUAAAGCAAAGCA